UUUAAUACGUUCACAAAGCUGUUACUUUUCACAUGAAUAAAGUUCAAAUAUUACAAUAGUAAAGUUGGGAUUUUACAUGAGUAAAGUCACAACAUUACAAGAAUAAGUCAUAAUGAUAAUAAAUAAGAAUUUCAAGAAAGUCCAAAUAGAAUUCAAGUUGGGAUAUUUCAAAAUAUUAGAAUGAUUGAUUUAAAAUCACGUGGAAAUAUUACUCGGUCAAAAAAAUGUUGUCAAGGCUUUCCAAAAAUAGGACAAAAUAUAAUAGGAAAGUCGUCAUAUGAGAGAGCUAAAAGUCAUUGAACCUGACCUAAUUUUACAAAAAAUCAAGUCAUCAGUGUUUGAGAACAUAGUCGGUAUUCUACCAACCGAAUUUCGAUGAAGUUAGGAUGUUGUGUAAAACAACGAAAAACCCAAGGUUGGCUAACCCUUUUCGACCUCUAAUCAGUGGAAUACACUACAAAGACAAGAUAUUUAGUGUGGAAAAUGCUAAUCUUUGUUGUUGUUUGUUGCAAAUAUUUACUCAUUUUGAAUUCGAUGCCUGCAAGCCUGUCCAAAAAGGCGAGGACAGGCUGGCUGAUUUUCACCCUCGUCUUACAUCACCUCUCCAUUUCCUAACAAUCAAUGAGUGUCUGGGAACUGAGGACAGCAACUGUUGAAGCUUUGUACGUGGAAUUCUUGCCCAUUCUUGCUUGUAUGGAAUCUCCGUAGUCGUACUUUGCGCUUCAUAACGCGCCACACAUUUUCAACGGGAGAAAUGUCAGUCCAGUCGAGUACGCACGCUCUUUAACUUUGCUCUUGUAACUCGUGCAGCAUGUGGCUUGGCGUCGUCUUGCUGAAAAAGACCUUGCUUGGAUGGCAGCAUAUGUGUCAGGGUUAUUCUGUAAAUCUACAGAUACUUGCACCACAUAGAGACUGGACACAAAGAACACAACCUGAGUCUGGACUUAUCUUUUGCAGUCGCACUCUCAGCUCGCCAAAGUUUCCCAAUGUCUCCUUCCCCCUUUGCUCCUUUGAUUCCAGCUCGAGUAGGUGGUAUCACAUUCCAUGACCUUUGAUGGACUUACUUGGUUCUUAUCCAGAUGUGGUCGGUGUCCGGAUGUGUGGGGAUUUGCAUUGUAGUAUUUUUCCAACGUACUCUUGUUUCCAGCGUACAAGGGUGCUGUCAUCUUAAUGCAGUCACAGUCUACCUUUUUCCCACCAAAACCUGUAUGUACCUUACAGCAGUGCUCCCCAACCACCGGCCCCUGGACCGUGAGGCAUUUGUUAUCAGGCGGCAGAGAAAGAAUGACCGAUUUCGAUCAUUUCUGUGGUAUUGCAAUUCGCGUGUCAAUGUCUUUCAUUUUGAAAAUGGACCUGAACUGAUGCGCGUCUCAAUUGAAACGUCGAGACUGCACAGAACGCUUCCGUUUCCGCUUCCGGUCCCGGCCGGCCGGCCGGCUAACGGCGGCAGAGCUCAAAGAACGAAAUCGUUGCAUAAACUAAUUCAGCUCAUUACGUUUACUGAAAAGAUUAGUUCUUUUGAAUGAACCGUUCGUGAACGAAACAACACUGUAUCAGGAGUCCUACUUAAAAUAGGGGUUUAUCGCAACAGUGAAGUCUCACGCACCGAUCCUGCACUGAUACAGAUACAACAGUGAACUCUCACGCAACAAGUCCACGCAGAUACAGUCGUAGGUCGCUGCUCGACACAGGCAGAACUUCUUUUACCGAGUUCAAAGUCUACUCUCAUUGAGGAGCUACGGAACUGCAGUCUGGUCUGGGACCGUGUCGAUAUAGAUAUCUAGAUAGAUAGAUAGAUAGAUUGUAAUUUUUAUAAACUUUAUAAAUAAAGUUGUAAUUUGACAUCCAGUUUCAUAUUACAAGAAUAAAAUUGAUAUUUUCAAAGGAAUUUUUUUCCCCAAAUAACGCUUUAAUCUGUUUAAUAAUCUGUAUAUAAAUAUUACCAGGAUUUUUGAUUUCAUUGAUUUGACGAGAUCAAAUGUUCAUGUCGUUGUAAUAUUACUAGUAUUAGAAUCUUAAUUCUUAGUGUAAAAAAUUGGAAUUUGUAAUUUGUAUCUUUACAUGAAAGUUUCCCAUUUUGACUAGACCCUGUGCCCCCCUCCUCAUUGACCCCCUGCCCCGCACCGUGUGUGUGCGCGCGCGUUGGUGUGUUUGCGUGUGGCGUGAGCCGUAGGCGGAGCCGUGCAUUCACCUGAAGAAAGGCGUCUUUGUCCGCCUCCGCCUUAUAAAGCGGCUCAGAGUCGUCUUGCAAAAGUUCCGUAAACAUGCGGGCCCAGGUUCUUGUUCUUGUGGCGGCGGCGUGGGUGUGCGCGUGCCACGCUCAAAGCAACAACAGCAUCAACGACGCCAACGAGCGGCAGCGGCAGCGGCAGCGGCUGCGUAGCAUCUGGGACGAGCCCAUCCGCUUCGGCACCAAGAGCAAGGACGCGUGCGCCAUGGUGGUGUCGGGGGCCUCCGACUACACCCGGCUGCGCGUCUCCUGCAAGGGGACCGCGCCGCCGGGGCGCUCGUACCACUGCGACUUCCGGGGCAAGCCCGACCUGUGCCGCGCCUACAGCCUCGACCCGCGGCACUACUUCACGCAGAUCAUGUGGGAGCUGCGCAAACUGAGCCACGCCUGCCAGGGCGCCAAGCUGUACCGGCCGCCCAUGUGCAAGAGGCACCCCGACGAGGUCCAGAUGAGCCUCCUGUCCGCCCGGCCCCGAGCCGCCACUCACAAGCCGCAGAAGCCUCCAACGCCCGCCAAGCCCCAGGCGGGAAAAGCCGUCCCGGCCCCGACUCGGAAGACCGCCCCCGAGCCGGCCGAGUCCAAAGCGGCCCGCAUAGCCACCGAGUACUGCUGGAAGAGCUUCCGCGGCAUCUGCACGUACGUCGUCGGCUGGUUCGAGAACUGACACGGACGGCGCGCGAGACGCCACCGAUGGACUCGUCGGAUGACCUCGCGAUUCCCAACUGAGCGUCACUGUAGUGAGCGACCACAAAAAAUGGAAGGAGAAUAAAACCCAAGAGUGCUAAGUUUUCA